GACUGCCAGCGUUCAGAGGUUUGAGAUGUGUGCCCUGUGUUCAGAAAGCUCCCCUUAAGAAGAAACUGUGAGGCUUUCCUGAGUGGCGGGCCGCAGCAGCGAAUGGGCGGUCCGGUACCGAGUGACGUGACGGGAAAAGGGGGAGCUCGCGGCUGGUGGCGGCGGUGGCGACAGUGGCGACCUGGGGAUCGACCUGGAGGGGCCUGGGAAGCGUGCAGAGACCUCUAGAUCCAGCGUGAGGGACCUCCCGCCGGGAUGCCAGGGGAGCAGAUGGACCCUACUGGAAGUCAGUUGGAUUCAGAUUUCUCUCAGCAAGAUACUCCUUGCCUGAUAAUUGAAGAUUCUCAGCCUGAAAGCCAGGUUCUGGAAGAAGAUGCGGGCUCUCACUUUAGUAUGUUGUCUCGACACCUUCCCAAUCUGCAGAUACACAAAGAGAACCCCGUGUUGGAUACUGUGUCGAAUCCGGAACAAGCAGCUGCUGAGGAGCAAGGAGACAAUAAUAGCUCCUUCAGUGAACAUCUAAAAGAAAACAAAGCUGCUUCAGACCCUGUGGAUUCUCCUCAUUUGGGCACGUGUGGUUCCAUCAGUCAGGUCAUAGAACAGUUGCCUCAGCCAAACAGGACAAGCAGUGUUCUGGGAGUGACAGUAGAAGCCGCUUCUCUUCCAGAGGAGGAGAAGGAGGAAGAGCUGGAAGAGGAGAAUGAAGAGGUGGGAGCAGACGCUGCUGAUGCUGCUCCGUGCUCCCUUGGUGCUGAAGAUUCUGCUUCAUCACAGUUGGGCUUUGGGGUUCUGGAACUCUCCCAGAGUCAGGAUGUUGAAGAACCUACAGUACCAUAUGAUGCCAACCAAGAGCAUAUGCAGUUGGUUACCACCAACUUGGGUUCUACCCAGUUGUCUGAUGUGGAUGAAAAUACUGCAAUUAAAUGUGAAGAACACUCCUCUGAAGAUACCUCCAUGGUAGAACAACCCAACAAAGAUAUCCCUGUUACAGUUCAGCACAAUAAAGAUAUCCCUGUGGUAGACGAGCAAAAUCUACAACCUGCAAGGUCAGAGGAUCUGCCUUCCAGUCCUCAAGCCUCUGUUGCAGCUGUGGAAACAAAGGAACAGGUGCCUUCCCAAGAGCUUCCGGAAGGGGCGCUGCAGGUUCAGAUGUCCUCGGAGCCUGAGGUCUCGUCCACUCAGGAGGACUUGUUUGAGCAGAGCAGUAAAACAGCUUCUGAUGGUUGCUCUACUCCUUCAAGGGAGGAAGGUGGGUGUUCUCCGGUUUCCACACCCGCCACCACCCUGCAGCUCCUGCAGCUGUCUGGUCAGAGGCCCCUUGUCCAGGACAGUCUUUCCACGAAUUCCUCAGAUCUUGUUGCUCCUUCCCCUGAUGCUUUCCGACCUACCCCUUUUAUCGUUCCUAGCAGUCCCACAGAGCAAGGAGGGAGAAAAGAAUCAGAUGAGCCCUUGGAUAUGUCAGUGAUGCCUGAAGAAGGAGGGGAGAGUUUCCAGAAGCUUCAGGAUGACGAGGCAGUGGAGACAGAAAAGCCCCUCCUCCCAUCUCAGCCCGCUGUAUCACCACAAGUGUCAACACCAGUGUCUCAGAGCACACCUGUCUUCACUCCCGGCUCUCUUCCCAUCCCGUCCCAGCCUGAGUUUUCUCAUGAUAUUUUUCUUCCAUCACCAAGUUUGGAAGAAGGGUCAAGUGAUGGGAGGAAAGGUGGCGAUCUGCAUAGCUCAUCUUUGACUGUGGAGUGUUCUAAGACUUCAGAGAGUGAACCAAAGAAUUUCACUGCUGACCUUGGGCUCUCCUUGACAGGGGAGUCUUGCAAACUGAUGCUUUCUACAAGUGAGUGUAGUCAGUCCUCAAAGAUGGAGAGCUUGGCUUCUCCCAGGAGUGAGGGUGAUGCAGAGAACACACCGAUUGAGGACACUGAACCGUUGUCUCCUGUCACCAAUUCUAAACUUCCUGCUGAAAAUGAUGAUAUCCUGAUGAAUCCAGCACAAGAUGACCACGUGGAAAUGAACGAGAGUGACGAGAAAACAAACGGGAGUACCACAGAGAACAGAGGUGACCAUGGUGAUUUAGCUGCUGGUAAUAAAGGCAGGGAAGAAACUGUUGCUGAAGAUGUUUGCAUUGAUCUCACUUGUGAUUCUGGGAGUCAGGCAGUUCCAUCUCCAGCUGCUCGGUCUGAGACACUUUCCAGUGUCUUAGAUCAGGAAGAAGCUAUGGAAAUUAAAGAACAGCAUCCAGAGGAGGGGUUUUCAGGAUCUGAGGUAGAAGAAGUCCCCGAGACUCCCUGUGAAAGUCACAGAGAGGAGCCCAAGGAAGAAACGAUGGAAAGUAUCCCACUGCACCUUUCUCUGACUGAAACUCAGUCCCAGGCAUUGUGUCUUCAGAAGGAGCUGCCCAAAGAAGAAUGCCCAGAGGCCAUGGAAGUGGAACCCGCUGUAAUUAGUGUAGACUCCCCCCAGAAGCUGCCGGUACUGGACCAGGAGUCAGAGCAUAAGGAGCCAGAGGCCUGGGAAGAAGUCACUUCUGAGGACUCCAGUGUUGUUAUCGUUGAUACGAAGGAGCCCUCACCAAGAAUUGUUCCCUGCGAACCUUUGGAGGGAGAGGAGAAAUGCUCAGAUUCCCACUCCUGGGAGGAUGUGGCGCCAGAGACGGAAGAAAAGAUUGUAGAGUGUGAUGGAGAUGUGAAAGCAGAGACCACAGGAAAGGACUCUGUAGAGGAAGACUGUUCACAGCCUCCUUUGCCUUCAGUGACUGACGAACCUCCCAGACCUGACCAGGAGACGCAGCAGCUCGAGCUUCAAGAGAAAGACAGUCCAGUGACCAUAGACGCAAAAGUGGCUGAUGCCCAGCAGCUGGGGUCAGAGGGCGCGUCCCAGCAGCUUCUGAAGGCCCCUGCCCGUGACUCACAAAGUUUCUGUGAAAGUUCUAGUGAAACCCCAUUUCAUUUCACUUUGCCUAAAGAAGGUGAUAUUAUUCCACCAUUGACUGGUGCAACCCCUCCUCAUAUUGGGCACCUAAAAUUGGAUCGCAACAGACAUAGUACACCUAUUGGGAUUGGCAACUAUCCAGAAAGCACCAUAGCAACCAGUGAUGUCAUGUCUGAAAGCAUGGUGGAGAUCAAUGAUCCUCUACUCGGGAGUGAAAAAGGAGAUUCUGAGUCUGCCCCAGAAAUGGACGGAAAACUGUAUCUGAAAAUGAAACUGGUUAGUCCCGAGACAGAGGCCAGUGAAGAAUCUUUGCAGUUUAGCCUGGAAAAGCCGGAUACUGCUGAGAGAAAAAAUGGAUCAACUGCUGCUGCUGAGCCUGUUGCCAGGGCAAACUUGCUCCAUUUUCCAAGUGUUGAAGAUGACGAUAAAGAAAAGCUGGAUGGUGCCACAAAGCUCAGGCAGAGUGAACAGCCUGUGAGGCCCGUUGGGCCUGUCAGAGAUGCUGCUGCUUCUGAGGACUCUGCUUCUUCUGUUUCCCAGCAGAGAGCCACACAGGGGUCAUUCAGCCCUCAAGGAGAAGCGAUGGAAACAGAUCUGCCAGAAGGACUGAGUGCUAACCAGGAAAAACCGUGUGAGGUCUUGAUGGAAAGGCCCACCCAGAGUAACAUAGGAAUCCAGACCAUGGACCAUUCCCUGUGUGCCCCAGAAACUGUUUCAGCGGCAACCCAGACCGUGAAGAGUGUAUGUGAGCAGGGGACCAGUACAGUGGACCAGAGCUCUGGGAAACAAGAUGCCACUGUGCAGACCGAGACGGGGAGUGGUGAGAAACAGGCCCCCGCGGAUGAUACAGAGUCCCUCCACAGCCAGGGAGAAGAAGAAUUUGAAAUGCCCCAGCCUCCACAUGGCCAUGUGUUGCAUCGUCACAUGAGAACGAUUCGUGAAGUCCGCACACUUGUCACCCGUGUCAUCACAGAUGUUUAUUACGUGGAUGGGACAGAAGUGGAAAGGAAAGUAACUGAGGAGACUGAAGAACCAAUCGUAGAAUGUCAGGAAUGUGAAACAGAGGUUUCCCCUUCCCAGACUGGAGGCUCCUCUGGAGACCUGGGGGACAUCAGCUCCUUCUCUUCCAAAGCAUCCAGCUCACAUCACACAUCAAGUGGGACAAGUCUCUCAGCUAUGCACAGCAGUGGCAGCUCAGGGCGAGGAGCUGGGCCACUCAAAGGGAAAACUAGCGGGACAGAGCCUGCAGAUUUUGUUUUACCCAGUUCCCGAGGAGGCCCAGGAAAACUGAGUCCUAGAAAAGGGAUCAAUCAGACAGGGGCACCAGUGUGUGAAGAAGAUGGUGAUGCAGGCCUUGGCAUCAGACAGGGAGGGAAGGCUCCAGUCACACCUCGUGGGCGUGGUCGAAGGGGCCGUCCACCUUCUCGAACCACUGGAACAAGAGAAGCAGUUGUAUCUGGUCCGUUGGGCAUAGAAGACAUUUCACCUAGCAUGUCACCAGAUGACAAGUCCUUCACCCGAAUUAUGCCCCGUGUGCCAGACUCUACCAAACGAAUGGAUGCCAGUUCUACUGUUUUGAAGCGGAGUGAUUCCCCAGAGAUUCCUUUUCAAGUUGCUACUGGGUCUUCUGAUGGCUUAGAUGCCUCAUCUCCAGGAAAUAGCUUUGUGGGGCUCCGUGUUGUAGCCAAGUGGUCAUCCAAUGGCUACUUUUACUCUGGGAAAAUCACACGGGAUGUUGGAGCUGGGAAAUAUAAGCUGCUCUUCGAUGAUGGGUAUGAAUGUGAUGUGCUGGGCAAAGACAUUCUCCUUUGUGACCCCAUACCUCUGGACACUGAAGUGACAGCCCUCUCAGAAGAUGAGUAUUUCAGUGCAGGAGUGGUCAAAGGACACAGGAAGGAGUCUGGGGAGCUGUACUAUAGCAUUGAAAAGGAAGGCCAAAGGAAGUGGUAUAAGCGGAUGGCAGUCAUCCUGUCCUUGGAGCAAGGAAACAGACUAAGAGAGCAAUAUGGGCUUGGCCCAUAUGAAGCUGUCACACCCCUCACAAAGGCAGCAGAUAUCAGCCUAGAUAAUUUGGUGGAAGGAAAACGGAAACGUCGCAGUAACAUCAGCUCCCCAGCCACUCCUACUGCCUCCAGCAGCAGCAGCAGCACAACACCCACCCGUAAAACCACAGAGAGUCCCCGUGCAUCCACAGGAGUUCCAUCAGGCAAAAGGAAACUCAUUACUUCUGAAGAGGAACGGUCCCCUGCUAAGCGAGGCCGCAAGUCUGCCACCGUGAAACCUGGUACAGUGGGGGCAGAAUUUGUGAGCCCUUGUGAGAGUGGAGACAACACAGCUGAACCUUCUGUCCUGGAAGAGCCAAGAGGGCCUUUGCCCCUCAAUAAGACCUUGUUUCUGGGCUAUGCCUUUCUCCUCACCAUGGCCACAACCAACGAUAAGCUGGCCAGCCGCUCUAAACUAAUAGAUGGUCCUACAGGAAGCAGUGAGGAAGAGGAGGAAUUUUUAGAAAUUCCUCCUUUCAACAAGCAGUAUACAGAAUGCCAGCUUCGAGCAGGAGCUGGGUAUAUCCUUGAAGACUUCAAUGAAGCCCAGUGUAACACAGCCUACCAGUGUCUCCUAAUUGCUGAUCAGCAUUGUCGAACUCGGAAGUACUUCCUGUGCCUUGCCAGUGGAAUUCCUUGUGUGUCUCAUGUCUGGGUCCAUGACAGUUGCCAUGCCAACCAGCUCCAAAACUACCGUAAUUACCUGCUGCCUGCUGGGUAUAGUCUUGAGGAGCAGAGAAUUCUGGAUUGGCAACCUCGUGAAAACCCUUUCCAGAAUCUGAAGGUACUCUUGGUGUCAGAUCAACAACAGAACUUCCUGGAGCUCUGGUCUGAGAUCCUUAUGACUGGAGGGGCAGCCUCCGUGAAGCAGCACCAUUCAAGUGCCCAUAACAAAGACAUUGCUUUAGGGGUAUUUGAUGUGGUGGUGACAGACCCCUCAUGCCCAGCCUCGGUGCUCAAGUGUGCUGAAGCCUUGCAGCUGCCUGUGGUGUCACAAGAGUGGGUGAUCCAGUGCCUCAUUGUUGGGGAGAGAAUUGGAUUCAAGCAGCAUCCAAAAUAUAAACAUGAUUAUGUUUCUCACUAAAGAUACCUGGUCUUACUGAUUUUAUUCCUGCUAUUGUGGAGAUUGUGUUUUAAGUGUUUUAAUCAGGUUUUACGUGUGUCUUGUGUGUAAUUGUAUUCUUUGCAUGGAUCUUGUACAUAGUUUUAUUUGCUGGACUUUUAUGAUAAAAUAAAUGUUGACUCUUUGGUUGUAGUAACUGA